AUGAGCCAGCUACUCACGGCGCGACAGGCGGAGGAGCUACACAAGUCAAUCAUUGCCUACUUGGCCUCCGCGAACCUGUCCCAGAGCUCCGCUGCGCUGCGAGAAGAACUCGGCGAGUCGAUCACGGUUGACGAUAACACACUGAAGAAAUAUGAGGGGCUACUAGAGAAGAAAUGGACAAGUGUUGUCCGAUUACAGAAGAAGAUUAUGGAUUUGGAAUCACGAUGCGCCUCUCUCCAAACCGAACUGGACACUGCAACCCCUACAUCUUUGUCUCGACGAAAUCAGGAUCCGGCAUCCUGGCUGCCGCGCGCCCCUCCACGCCACGACCUAGAGUCGCACCGGCAACCGGUGACUUGUGUCGCCUUCCACCCUAUAUUCUCCUCGCUCGCCUCUGGAUCAGAAGACACGACAAUCAAAGUUUGGGACUGGGAGCUAGGUGAACUAGAGCGGACAAUCAAGGGUCACACGAGGGCAGUUCUGGAUGUGGAUUAUGGAGGACCGCGAGGGGGCACGCUCCUUGCAUCAUGCUCCUCCGAUCUCACGAUCAAGCUGUGGGACCCGGCCGAUGAAUAUAAAAAUAUCCGCACCCUACCGGGCCAUGACCACAGUGUAUCGGCGGUUCGAUUUAUCCCAUCUGGGGCCGCGGGCUCACCGAUGUCCGGUAACCUGCUGGUAUCCGCCUCUCGUGAUAUGACAUUGCGGAUCUGGGAUGUGACCACUGGAUAUUGUGUUAAGACAUUGCAAGGACAUGCCGCAUGGGUGCGUGAUGUAGCACCAUCACCGGACGGUCGAUUUCUCUUUUCUGCCGGAGAUGAUCAAGUCCCGCGCCUCUGGGAUAUCUCAUCUGGAGAGACCAAAUCCACUUUCUUAGGCCACGAGCAUGUCAUCGAGUGUGUGACUUUUGCUCCGCCGACGAGCUACCAGUACUUGGCACCUCUCGCAGGACAAAAGAAGCCGCCGCCAACAUCAUCCUCUGCAGAGUUUGUGGCUACAGGCUCGCGUGACAAGACCAUUCGUCUCUGGGAUGCCCGUGGCAACUUAAUUAAGACACUUGUCGGUCACGACAACUGGGUGCGCGCACUCGUCUUCCAUCCCGGCGGGAAAUAUCUUCUUUCAGUUGCCGAUGACAAGACUGUGCGAUGCUGGGAUCUCACUCAAGAAUGCAAGUGCGUGCGUACCAUCGCCGCUCAUGACCACUUCAUCACCUCAAUUCGAUGGGCACCUCCGUUGAUCAAGGACAGUGGUGCCAAUGGUGAAGCCGGAGCCAACGGCGCCGAAGGUGCCGGUUCAAAUGGGGUGAAAGAAGACCCCAACGCAGCGAGCAAAAUGUCCAUUCGAUGCGUACUCGCAACCGGCAGCGUGGAUCUUAAAGUCCGGGUCUUCACAUCGUGA